AUGUCUCGUCUCGGAGGCAGCGCCAUCUCCGUGCGGCACUCGUCGGGCAUCGCCGCCGCCGCCUCCGCCCCUGCGCCGCUCGACCAGGACGAAACGUGCCCCGUGUGCAAGACGACGCGCUACUUCAACCGCGACAUGGAGUUCCGCAUCAACCCGGAGUGCUACCACCGCAUGUGCAAGACGUGCGUCGAGCGCAUCUUCAAGGACGGGCCGAACCAGUGCCCCUACGCCGGCUGCCACAAGACGCUGCGUCUGCGCGGCUUCAAAUCCGCCUUCUUCGCCGACCUCAGCGUCGAGCGUGAGGUCGAUAUUCGUCGCCGCGUCGCUGCCGUCUUCAACAAGGUCGAGGAGGACUUUGAGACGCUGGAUUCCUUCAACGACUACCUGUACAUGGUCGAGUGUCUAACCGACGACCUGGUCAAUGGCCCCGACGACGCCCGCCGCAAGGCCGAGUCGCAGCUGGUCGAGUGGGAGGCCAAGCACAAGGCCGACAUUGAGCGCAACCGCCGCCUGGCGCGCGAGUCGGACGAGACGCGCCAGCGCCGCAUCGCCGCCGAGCAGGACGCCGCCCGCCAGCGCCGCCAACUGGAGCGCCAGGCCGACGCCGACGAAAAGGUCAACGCCCUGCGCUUCCGCGAGGAGAUGCUAGACUCGCUGCAGAACGCCGAGAUGGGCCGCGCCACCGAGGCCAUGGACAAGAUCAUGCUCAAGAAGCGCGGCCAACAGAAGCGCGACACCCUCAUGGACUCGGCCACCGCUGCGGCUGGAGGCUUGUCCAUCCGCGGCCUGCGCGAGAAGAAGGUCGCUGUGGUGGACGACAAGCCCUACGACCCCUAUGGCGGCCUCGUCGUGGCCCCGGACAGGAUCGACGUGGCUCCGGAGAAGCUGGGGAGCUACACCAACGAGUGGGUCGAGUCGGCACGCACCAAGACCGAGUUCCGCGCUGGUGGCUAUAACCCAGACGAGUACCUUACGCGUGUCUUGUUCGAGGCCUUUUCUGGUCUGGGUGUCUUCAUCUGCGACGAACAGGCGGAAAAGGGGGUCCCCACGGCGACGGCUGCGGCUGGCGGUGGCAAGAUGGAUCUCGACGACCCGUUCUAA